AUCGUUUAGUUUUUUUUUUUAGAAAAAAAGAAUGACUGAAGAAGCUGAUAAUGUACAUGCAGAAGGUGAACCAAAUAAAGAAGAUAAGCCAAUGGAAAGUCUUGCUGAAACGUUUAAACAAAACAAAUCUUUCUCAGUGCUGAAUGGAUUUGUUUCUGAGAAAUCGUUGAAGGCGGUUGAGAAACUCGGCUUCAAAGAGAUGACUCAGAUUCAAGCACAAUGUAUCCCACAUUUGCUGGAGGGCAGAGAUUUGCUGGGUGCAGCCAAAACAGGUAGUGGCAAGACGUUGGCAUUCCUCAUUCCGGUAAUUGAGCGCAUCAAUAAACUUGGGUUCAAACCAAGAAGUGGCACUGGAGCAAUAAUAAUUUCACCAACGAGGGAACUUUCCAUGCAGACGUUCAAAGUUCUGGAGGAGUUGCUCCAAUUCCAUGGCCACACAUUUGGCCUGGUCAUGGGUGGCACAAAUCGACAGCAGGAGGCAAAAAAGCUUGGGAAAGGAAUCAAUAUUCUUGUGGCCACACCCGGAAGGCUCUUGGAUCAUUUACAAAACACGCCGGAGUUCAUAUUCAGCAACCUUAAAGUUCUUGUAAUUGAUGAGGCGGACAGAAUUCUUCAAGAUGGUUUCGAAGAAGAAAUGAGGCAAAUCAUCAAAAUUUUACCAAGAAAAAGACAAACCAUGUUGUUUUCUGCCACACAGACAAAGAAAACUGAAGAUCUGGUGAAGGUGUCGUUAAAAAAAGACGUGGUGUAUGUUGGUGUCGACGAUGAAGAGAAGAAGGCCACAGUUGAAGGCCUGGAACAGGGUUAUGUUGUAUGUCCGCCAGAAAAAAGAUUCUUGGUGCUGUUCACGUUUUUGAAAAAGUACAGAAAUAAAAAAGUUAUGGUGUUUUUCAGCUCCUGCAUGGCUGUCAAGUAUUUCCAUGAUCUUCUCAAUUACAUUGAUUUGCCCGUCAUGUGCAUACAUGGACAGCAAAAGCAAGCAAAGAGGACUGAAACGUUCUUUAAAUUUUGCAACGAUUCAGAAUCCAUAUUGCUGUGCACCGAUGUGGCAGCACGAGGGUUGGACAUUCCCGCCGUGGACUGGAUUGUUCAGUACGAUCCUCCAGAUGAUCCCAAUGAGUACAUACAUCGAGUUGGGAGAACGGCUCGGGGUGCGGGAGGGUCGGGCCACGCCCUCCUUUUCCUCACGUCAGAGGAAAUUUUAUUUCUCGACUACUUGAAAGAAGCCAAAGUACCAUUAAGUGAAUAUGAAAUGAAAUGGAAUAAAGUUUCUAAUAUUCAAUCACAGUUGGAGAAGCUGCUGGGUAAGAAUUAUUACCUGCACCAGGCUGCCCAAGAAGGUUACAAGGCAUUCAUUCGUUCCUAUGUCUCUCACUCCCUUAAGACAAUAUUUGAUGUCCAUAAAUUGGACCUGCAAAAAGUUGCUCAGUCAUUUGGUCUUCUCGUUCCUCCACAUGUCCCACUCAAGUCAAAUAGCCUUAAACGGAAGAAUUCGAACUUCAAGUACGAAGGGGGAAUUGACAAAAAGAGAAAACUUGAAAAGAACAAAUUUUAUAAAAAAGUUUCAUCUCGCUCAAACAAUAAAUCAAAAAAAUGAUAACAUUUGUUCACAUUGUGGUUUUUUUCAUGUUGUGUUCUGUAUUUAUUCGAUCAUGAGUACGUAAAUAUAAAACCAGUUUUAAUGCACGAUCAGUUUGGAUUGAAGUAACAGGUGCCUACCUAGGUUGUGUA